GCCGCUUCGCUUCAUUCGUUUGUCUGCUCGCGUGCUUUACGGUUCAAGAUUAACAAAAAGUCGAAUUUCCAUUCCGAAAUCCUGAUUCUGAAUCUAGAUGAGAAUCAAACUUUUAUGAAAUCAACUUUUAGAUAUUACAACUUCUCGAACAUUAAUUUUUUUUGAGUGUGUAACAAAUACCAUUACCAACAGCAGCAACAACAACGACGCCGAGAACGCCUUGUAUGGAGCAUGUCAACAGAUAAUCCCACACAGUUGCUGACCACCCGCGAUUUAAGUCAGCUGCGUGGGCACCUGCAAUCGGGCCCAGCGGCAGUGGCAUCCACGGCAGUCACGGCAUCCGGAACGGCGGCUGUUGUGGCAGCAGCAGCAGCUGCAGCGGCAGCAGCGGCGGCAGCAGCAGCGGUCUCCUCAGUGGCCAAUGCACCACAUGGAUAUCGCAAUAUUGCACCAUUGGCCACCAUUAGCUGCGGGAGCAGCACCAGCACCAGCACCAUUAACACCACCAGCACAGUAGCAGGAGCAGCAGCAGCAGGAGGAGGAGGAACAGGAGGUGGAGGAGUACUUGUACCCACAAGCAAUAGCAACAUGCCGGCCAGUGCCUCCAAAUAUGUAUUUCUGCAGCACAAUCACAAUGGCGGAUUCACGGCCUACGAUGGCUCCACAACGUCAGUCACAACGGCUGCAUCUGCUUCAUCCUCUGGCAGUGGUGGCGGUGGCAAUAUAGUGCUCCUUGCCGCCGAACCCCUGGAAAUGGGUUCAGCCGAUGCCUUGGCUGCAGCAGUGGCUGCCUCCGGCGUUCGAACCACCGAUGGAGAUGAUGGAGAGCUGCGUUCCCUGUCCUGGCUAAACGAUAGCAAUCUGAUCAAGGGCAUUGUCACAACCAGUGGUGGUGCUAAUGCUGCCACGGGAACGCAAGUGAAACGGGCAAUGGCCAUCAAGACGGUAGGAGGAGGAGCAACAGCAGCUGGUGCUGCUGCUGUAACAGGAUCUUCAGUCAAUGGUAAUAUGUGCCUAGUGAGUGAUAUAAUCGAAGAGGUACCCAACAGUCUCAACGAACCACCCAGUGGUGGUAUCGAUCAGGCGGAUGGUUCGCUAUAUAGCACCACCACGGUCCACAAGGGUCCCAGCGGCACCACCACUGUGGUGGAGUACAAAGCCAGCAAGUCUGCUGGCCAACAGCAGGGCUAUCUGCCAACGUCUACACGAACCACCACGCUGGGCUAUAUGCCAGUGGUGGUGACCCAGCCACAAUCAGCAGUUAGCCAAGCCAUAAUCUCGCCCAUCAAGCAGUCACAGCAGUCCCAAUCGCAAUCCCAGUCGCAAAUCUAUGUGACCAGCAAUGGAGGAGGGGCAACGGGUAAUGACAUCUACAAGGGAGGGGCGGCAUCAUCAUCAUCGCUGUGUUCACCCACAACCACCAGCAGCAGCAGCAGCAGCAACACCACCACACAUCAUCCGCACAAAAAGUAUCUGCGCGAGAAGAUGCAUGUCCAGAUGGAUCACAGCAGUCAUGUGGCCUCCACUGUGACGGUGGUCAGUUCGCCCGCCUCCUCCAACAAUUCCUCGAUCAGUUCUAGUUCCAUAUCGGGUGGCGGCGGUUCAGGAUCCUCGACAGCGGCCGUCAAUGGAGGCAAUAGUCCGGUGGCCAAGGCCAGCAGUAGCAGUAGUAGCUUUAGCAGUGCAGUUUUUGAGGCCGUUAACUAUGCCAAUGCCAAUGCCAACGCCAACACCAGCAGCAGCAGCAGUUUGAGCCAUAACCAAGAGCCAUCACCGCCUACCACGAGCGUUGUGACCACCACCACGCUGAUCAGUGCAGGAUCUCUGGCGCCGGGAUAUAGCUUUGUGAGCACAACGCCGCAUGUCAUAUCAACACCCGGCCAUGUCACCUCCACGGAGACUCCACCUGGUGCUGCCCUGCUGCCUGGAACCUACUAUAGCACCAGCAGCAGCAGUGGAGGAGGAGCAGCCACAACAACAACAGCAAACCUUCAGCCACGCAGUCUGCAGUUGGCCAACUCCCCACCACCGCCGCCCACAACGAGUCAUGUGAAUGGAUCCCUGGGUGGAGGAGGCGGAGGAGGAGCAUCUGCAGCUGGAGGAGUCAACCUGCGCAGCCCCAACAGCUAUACCAGCUAUGACAACGAGGACUCGUUAAAGGAUUUCGAUCUGGUGGUCAGUUCGCGGAUGCACACAAGCACGCCCCAAUAUACGGUCUCCAAGGGAGGCUACAGCAAUGUGAAUGGCGCAUCAGGUGGGGCAGGAGGAGGAGGUGGAGCCACCACGCCGCAGAAGCAAAAGCAUCCCAACAACGUGCCAUAUGACCCGCUAGUGCAUACCAACAAUAAGCCGCCAUAUAGCUUUAGUUCCCUGAUCUUCAUGGCCAUUGAAAGCUCAAACGAGAAGGCUCUGCCCGUCAAGGAGAUCUACGCCUGGAUUGUUCAACACUUUCCGUACUUUAAGACAGCGCCCACCGGCUGGAAGAACAGUGUCCGCCACAAUUUGUCGCUGAACAAGAGCUUCGUGAAGGUGGAGAAGGCACCCAAUAUGGGCAAGGGUUCGCUGUGGCGCGUUGAGCCCCAGCAGCGCCAGAAUCUCAUCCAGGCGCUAAACCGUUCCCCCUUCUUUCCCAAUUCGGCGGUGGACAAGAUCAGUCCCUCGCUAAAGAGUCCCAAAGACUCGGUUUACGAUAGCCUAGAUGGCAGUGUAGCCACGGGUAUGCCAGCUUCGGUAGCACCAGGAGCAGUGCCAGCUGCUGCUGCUGCUGUGUCGCUAUCCUCCACACCCUCGAAAAGCAAUGGCCUGGCGCUGGCCAGUCAGGUGACAACGAAUGCGGCCAGGCCGCACAGUCCCAAUGGAGGCGGAGGCGGCGGUGGAGGUGGGAGUGGCAGUCAUGCCCGUUUCGAUCCCAAGCUUUUCCCCAAUUUGUGCAAUCUUUUUGGCAAUAUCCGUGAUGAUUUGACAGGACAACAGCAGUCGCUGCGCGAGGAUGAACUCUCUGAAGAUUAUCACAACAACAACAACAACAACAACAAUAUUAAUAAUAAUAAUAACAACAAUAACAGCAACAGCAAGUACAACUAUGUGGGUCUAAAUGCAGGCAGUGGCCCAGCCGGAAAUGGAACUGUAAGCGGAAACGGCGGCCCAGCUCUUAAUGGCGGAGUAGGAGGAGGAGUUGGUCCUCCUCCGCCGCCUUCGGAUGGCAUCAAUUUUGAGCAAAUGGCCCGAGACUGUGGAGCUGACAGCAUGGACGAUGUCCAUGCGGCGGCGGCUUUGCUUUGCCUCAAGCACGAACCAAAGGCCUUUAGCAGUGAUUCCUUUCAGAAUGGCAGCGCCGCUCCUGUAAUUACAAGUUCCCCCAGCGAGGAUCACACCUACUCGGCGGGUGGCAACAGCAAUGCCGACAGUGGCUCCUCCACGCCAGUCACCAAUGGGAAUGGCCUCACCACCAUCAGCAGUGUGGUCUCCCAGGCGGCGGCGACGGCUGGCUCCGAUAGCAACUGUGCCAGCUCGGAUGCAGCCUACGAUAGCAGUGAGGAGAAUCACAACAUCACGCCCGAGGAACUGGAUCAGCAGCGACAUCGCGAUGGCGUGGAUGCCUUGCUGUCGCUGUCGCGCUCCUCGAAUGUGGAUUAUGGUUCGCAUUAUCAUAGCAAUGGCAGCAGUGGCAGCAGCCAGGGAUCUCCGCGCAAGCGACCAGCCAGCCAGAGUUUGGAGGAGGAGCAGCAGCAGCAACAACAUCGCGACCAGCAGCAGCAGCAGCAGCAUCAAUUUGGCAGCCUUCAAGCCAUCUACACAAAUGGCAAUGGCAGCAAAAUGGCUUUGCUUAGCAGUGCAGCGGCCAAUGUGGCUUUGGCACAACACCAGCAGCAGCAGCAGCAACACCAGCAGCAGCAACACCAACAGCAGCAGCAGCAGCAGCAACAACUCCACCCCGAACUGUAUAGCUACCCGGCUGGCAUGUAUUUGGGCAACCUCAAUCACUGCCUGCCCGCUGGAGGAGGAGGAGGAGGAGGAGGAGCAACAACUGGAAGCAACAACAACAGCAAUAAUAGCAGCAGCAAUGCUGGCAUGUUGCCGCAACAUCUAAGCGCUGCCAUGGCUGUGGCAGCAGCAGCAGCAGCGGCAGCGGCCAGCAAAAACAAGGUGAAGCCUUUGAGAGGGCUGCGUACCAAAAUUAAGCGCAAGUCCGCCUGGAUGCGGUGAAUAUGGCGACAACAGGUUCGAGGCAGCAGCAGGUGGACUUGAUGCUAAAAGCGAAGAAUUGUUCAAAUCACAGAGCAUUUAGACUACAAGUUAUACCAAUAAUAUAUAAAUAUAUAUAUAUAUAUAUAUGUAUAUAUAUAUUAUAUAUAUGUGUAUUUAUAUUGAUGGCUCUUGCUUAACUUUUAAAAAUUUCCCUUAAAUUUCUUAUGUUUUGUCUGAUUUAUACUUGUUUUUUUUUUAAGUGUACGUUAGGUGUUUUCUUUAUGUGUUUUUCUUCCACUUUGUUUGCGGUUUAAUUUAAUUAUUAUUUUUUAUUUUAUAUAAUCGUUUUUUUUUUUUAAUAUUUUAAUAUUAGUGUUAACUAUAUUUCGACUUGAUUUAAUAUCUACUUUACUUUCUUAGCCAUUUCCUAGCUGCAAUUUCGCUAUAAGUACAUUUUUAACAACAAAUCAAAACUAUAUAUAUAUAUUUAUAUAUACCAGAGUGAAAAGUAAAACCUACAAAUGAGAAAAGCUAAGAAAACCCCCGACUAAAUAAUGAAAAGGCUUCAACAACAGAUUUUAAAAAUGCAUUAAAUGUCAUUUUUUUGUAUGUUAUUUCGGGACACAAAAGGUUAAUACUAUAUAUAUAUAUACAAACAUAUAUCAAAGCAUACAUACAAAUUGAGCCAAGUAAGGAAAAUCCAUGAAAAGAUAUAUAUAAAAAAUAAAUAAUAAUAAAUAAGGAAAAAAGAGCAAGAAAAGCGUAAGAAAAGCGCAGGAAAAGCAAAAAAACAAAGAGCAACAAGAACUAAAUAUGUAAACAAGUUUUUUUUUUUAUUUCUGUUCAGGAUCUAAAUAAUUAUAUAGAACGAGAGUUAAAUAUAUAUAUAGAGAAAGAAGAAACUUAGAUAUUAACUUAGGCCAAGCACACACACAUUUAGCGCCUUAAACAUUGAGUCCUUUUUAGCUACAAAAAAAAAACAAAAAUAGAGAAGAGACGACACAUUUGUUGAAUUGUUUGAACUUCUUUGUUAUAAUAUAUAUAUAUAUAUAUAUAUAUAUAUAUAUAUUCUAUAUCUAUAUAUAGCCCAGUAAACCCCACUCAAGCAAAAUGUUAAAUCAAAGAUAUUUAGUUGAUAAGCCCCCAAAAAAACACACACACACACUUAUACACAGACUUACUUGUAAGCUCCAAUUUUAUGGUUACUUAGUUGAAAUAUGCUCUAGACAUUUGUUAAAACGAGAAAACGCCAAUUUUAGUUUAAUGCAAACAUAAUUAAAUUAAGCAAAUGAAUCCCGAAAGACCCUCAGGAUCCACAUGGGAUCCACAAGAGAAAAUACUUAUUACAAAAGGACGAAAGAACUUGACACUUCAUGUACCUUUUUAUAGCAAAAAAAGCAAAGGAAAAACAAAAGCAAAGAUCGCAUUAAAGAUAUAUAUAUGUAUAUCUGGAUAUAUAUAUAUAUGUAUAAUGAAAUUAAUAAUAACUGUUUAUGUCAAAGAAAAUACCAAUUUGCUAGUUGUUACAAAACCAAGGAAAAUCAAGGGAAACCCUAGAAAAAAAACCCAGGAUAAACGAGGCAAAAUCAGGGCAAGCCCAGGGAAAACCCAUAAACACAAGCAAAGAAAGUGAUGGUAUUUGUUUUCUUUAUCUUUUUUUUUAUAUUGUGACUAAAAAGUAGAGAAGCGAAAACAACAAAAUAACUGUAUACUUAGAGCCUAUCCCCCUCAGCCUGGUAAUCCCCAAUCCUAAAGCCCCUCCUCGCACGACACACGCACACCCUACAAAAACACACACACACACACACACACACACAGUGAAAGACAAUCGCCAGGGUCGUGCGCUGUUGUCGCUUAAUUUUAAUGAAAUUCUAUGCAAGUACACAACCACAGCAAUAGCAGAUAUAUAUAUGGUUAUAUAUAUAUAAAAAAAAACCCUUAGAGAGACCCUACAGAUAAGCUAAUUAACCAGUUUUGUUAAAGUGUUUUUUCUGCUAAUUUUUAACUAUUUUAUGGCAUCAUUAUUAUUAUUAUGAUUAUUAUUAUUAUUAUUAUUGAUACUAUAUAUUAUUAUUAUUAUUAUUAUUAUUGAUUAUAAACAACCUUUUUUUGCGUACCAAAUACACAGACCAAUCAAAAUGUGA